AUGUCAAACGAAAAACAUCAACAACAUAGUCCGUACGAUUAUUCCGUUAAACGUCUUCUAUCUCAAGAUACACAUUCUACAUCAACAGAACGAUCAAGUGUUCUUCUAAAUCCACCACCGAAAAACCGUGCACGUCGUGCUCGCACUUAUUUCGAUGAUCGUUCCAUUCAAGUCCUUGAAAAUGCAUUUCUACAAGAACAAUAUCCGGAUAUUCAUCGACGUGAACAAUUAUCAAAUGAAAUCGGGACCAGUGAAGCACGUGUACAAGUUUGGUUUCAAAAUAAACGAUCUCGUUGUCGUAAACGUUUAUUAACGAAAAAUCUCGGCAAUGAAAGUGCUAUUGAAAAUGAUGAAACCAAUGCUAAAUUAAAUCAUGAUAAUUCAUUCGAUGAUUUGCAAUCUCGAACACCAAUGAAAAAUAUUCCGACCGCAAAUAUGUUACCGUUUACUCCAACGCCAGUUCAAUCGCUUUUGGCUACACACUUUCCUUUUUUUCUUCAGCAUUUCUAUUAA